UGGACCAAUGACACGAAGUUUGGUCUUUUUGAACGGAGAAAAGCGGGCUGGACAACAGUCGAGAGGGAAACAAAGAGAGAGCAAACAUCUCGCUGUUGUCGGAUGUGAACAACUACAUUUAUUGAUUGCUUUCGAUCAGAAUAACUUUGCGCUUUCAUACGGCCUCAGCCAUGUCUCACAAACAGAUCUACUACUCUGACAAAUAUGACGAUGACAAAUACGAGUACAGACAUGUAAUGCUGCCCAAAGACAUCGCAAAGCGCGUACCCAAGACCCACUUGAUGUCUGAGACCGAGUGGAGGAACCUGGGGGUCCAGCAGAGCCAGGGAUGGGUGCAUUACAUGAUCCAUCAACCAGAACCACACAUCCUGCUGUUCCGGCGUCCUCUGCCUAACCCAAAAUCUUAACUUUUUUUUGGGGGGGAUUCCUGCAAAGAUCAGCCCUUUAUGUGCCUCCGAUCAACCGAGUUCCAAUCAUGCAGUCAAACCAAACACCUGUUGGAUUGGCUCUUUGGGCUGAUGAUGCCGGACCCGGAGAUGGACUAACAUUUAUGAACAAUGGAUGUGGAGUGAACGUGUUGGAGAGGGUGGGGUGGGGGGGGACAACUUUCACUUAACAAAAGAAAUCUGGAACAACAUGGCGUCUUUGACACAUUCAAACCAUUUAAACGAGCUUCAACAACCCUCUUAAACUGCUUGGAUCAGCAGUUCAAUAAAGUGAUUACUAUAGCGUGGUGAGCGAAGCUUUAACAUGAGUUAUAACUUACUGUUAAAAGGCCAGACAUGAUUGUGGCUUUCUAGAUUAGUUUGACUCAAAUGUUGCUCUGUGGUUUUAGCUGACAUGUUGCUGUGUGGUUGAAUGAGACUGUAAAUUAGCGUUUAACACAUGAUGAAAAUCUGCAUCAUUCCUUCUAAACUGUUUUCGGUCUGAUUUAGAGGAAUUCCCUUCAGUUGGUGUGACUGUACCAAUGAGCUGCUCAGUAUUUAUGAAUUGUGUUGCCCUUUCCUAAAUAAAUGUAAACUUUAAAUUUGA